GUCUUAUUGAUUAAGGAAAAAUAGGAAAUGAAGAAAACGACUAGUUGAACUCUAAACCGCCACAAGAAGCUACGCUCGCCGGAGUAUUUUAUUUCUCCGUAUUGUUUACGGAGUAGAAUCCAGCGUUCGCGGCAUAACAGUGCGCGGGAUAGUAUGUGGGUGGAGCUGAUCUGCGGCUUCGUAGCUUUCCGAUUGCUGAGACGCUUCUUUUGCGAUGAUGAUGAUCUCGAUGGUGAAGCCGGUCAUGCCAACGCUCUCUUCUCCGUCGCCGGCCAGCUGGAGAAGCUUUACGGCGGUAAGGUUUUCGUAGGGCUCCAAAUUCCGGAUGCUGAUUCCGGAUCUCGCAGGAGUAUUGAUCUUGUUCUCGUUACUCAACGGGAAGUUGCAGUAAUCUCGGUCAAGAAUGUCUCAGGAUCUGUACAUGUUGAUAAGGAUGGGAGUUGGGUUUGCACUGGCAGAAAAAUGAAUAAGACGGAGUGUCUUCCAGAUCCUGUAGCAGAAACAAAACAACUAGUUCCUAUUUUGGAGUCAUACCUUGAGCAAAGGGGAGUCCUUCUUCCAGAGGGAUAUUUGUCUUCCAAAGUCAUAUGUCCGAAUCCCAAUUUUCAAACCACUCAUACAGACUUUUUUCCGUCUGAGGUGAUUACUUAUGACCAGUGGAUACAGCUAAAGCCAGAGCAUAGGAGCCGGCUUUCUGGUUGGAUUAAAGGUGCAUUUCAGAGUGGAAAGAAAGAUAUGCAGGAAUCGAUGCAAGAGAAGCUUAAUUUUAUUCUCAGCACUGCUCCAAUGUGGGAUCGGUUAGAGCUGAAAAAUAACAAAUAUGUCCUAGGAGAGUUUCUGGAAUUCAAAGGAAAGAAGGAUGAUAUUUUGGCAUUAAGAAAUAUCAAGAGGUCAAAAGUUAGUCAGUUGGCUAUCCAAAAGACAAGCAUAUGUUGUUUUGCUCAUUCAAAGCUUCAAGUUCUCUAUUCUCCUCGAGACUAUCGCGGUGAAGGAGCAUCUGCUUCUGACUGGAAGGAAGUUUGCGUUUUAUCUAGCAUGGAGGUUCUAUUUCAACCUCAAGGUUCGAGUAAAGUGCGCAAAUAUAAGUUGUCUUCAGUUACUUGCAUGUCACUCAGUGCCUGAGGUUCUUCUCUCUAUACUCAAAUGACAUGUGAAAACAUUAUUAUCUUUAAUGGAAUAUUAUCUUUACAUUUGACUUACA